AUGUCAAGAUGAAGCAUUUCCUGGCCGUCCUGGAGGAGACUCGGGCAUCCCCAGCGCCCGCCCUGGAGCUGGUGCACCUGGCGGCACGGCUGUGCCACGAGCUGCAGAACGGGCCUCCGCUGGGGCUGGAGCCGCUGGCCGAGGCGGUGCUGGGCAGCCCGCACUGGCAGUACUUCCUGGCCCGCAUGGACGUGGUCAGGGCGUGCGUGCUGGUCCUCACCUGUCGGGGCCAGCACCAGGCGGCCUGCCGGCUCCUCGAGCACUGCAGGGAGGCGGGCGAGAGGGAGCAGCUGAUCCAGCUCUGGAACGAGAUCCACUACCGCAAGCUCAUGGAGAAGUGCCACGUGGACUCCCUCACCCCCGUGCAGAAGUUCCGCUGCAGGAAGAGGAACCCCCCUCCUCCCUCCCUGUGCCCCGAGGGCGUGAAGAGCCGCAACUUCUCCAAGGACGUGAGGCAGAGACUUCUGGCCUUUGCUGCAGGGGUGACCAUGAACCCCAACAGGGAGCAGCGGGGGAGGCUGGCCUUGGAGACGGGCCUGCAGGCCCACCAGAUCUACAACUGGUUUGCCAAUUACCGCCGGCGUCAGCGGUCGUCCCUGCAGAGGCAGGGGGGGUGUCAGGCCCUUCCCCCAGGCAGGGAAUCCGCCCCAGAAGCCCAAGCCUGGCUGGACCCCGGACCGUGCAACCUCCAGGCCCAAGCUGGAUUCCAGGGAGACGUUCACCUGGGCCCACCAGAGGCCCCGCUGGGUCCUUGUGAGCUGGCAUGGGAGCCACCCAUGCUCGGCCUGAGGUGCCCCCCGGAGGAGGGGCUGACCAAGCUGUUGGAUGCCAGGUUUGUGAGAAGCAACGAGAUGCCGGUGGAGAAGCUGGGCCAGGACCCCCGGACCCUCCUGCUGACCUCAGGACCGAGCUACCCCUUGGAAGGCCCAAGCAACGCCAUCUGCCCUCCUGCCUCCGCCGCCAGGCCAGGCCCCGUGAUCCCUGCCCUGGCGCCCUGGCCCGACAACUUCCUGCUGGGCCCCUGUGAGCCCCUGCCGGGCCAGGUCCAGGAAGCAGCCUACGGCCAAGCACUGGAGCUCCUGCCACCCGUGCCAGGAAUGUCGCACGAGCCGGCCUCCACAGGGGCGCUCUCCCCUGGACCCCUCUCUGCCUUCUGGGAUCCCAGGUCCUCAGGUUUCCAAGCUCCAGCGGGCAGGAUUGCCCCCAGGGUGGGCAUGGACCCCCGCCCUGAAGUGGUCCUCGGCCAGCCGGGCUUAGAGGUGGGCAGCUUCAUGCUUCGAGAACAGCAGCUCAGACCCCUCGAAUGCGUCCUUCCACAAAGUUCCUCAGAGAUGGGGAUGGAGAAGCCGCCGAGCCCGCGCCAGAUUUCCAGCCUGGAUGAGCCCCGGGACAUGGAGUACGGCCAGAAUAGCUCCUUCCCUCGCCGACUCCGGGCCGACCCUCCUUCGCCUCUGCGGGAGGCUCCUCCAGAGGAGGGGGGUGACGUCGCCCGCUUCUCGCCCCCCAGAUCCACCUGGCCCCUGCGGGGAGCGCCGGCGCAGCCUUGGAGGAUCUGGAUGUGAGCAAAGAGGAGGCGGAAGCAGUGACUUCUGUGCGGGUUCCGGGGGAGUCCCUGAACGAGCAGAACUCCAGCGACACUUUCUGGGCCGCUCUGCUGCUCUUCGAGUUUUCUGGGGGCAACCGCGUGUGAGGCGCUCCUGCUUGGCUCAGCUUUCCUCCAUGUUGGAGAGGAAUGCCAAAGCCACCCUCGCGGCUCCCCGGGGCCAGGUUUCUGUUCCGAUGGUGAAUCUGGGGGGCCUGUUGGCCCCUCCAGCUUGGUUUGUUACGGUGUUUCCAGGGAGGGCAGUUUGGCUCUCCCGAUUUGUCAGCUUCUCGUUCACAAGGAUGCUGUGUCCAGGCAGACCCUCGGAGGUGGGCCUCCCGUGGGGCCCAGUUUGGUCCUGGCUAAUUUUUUCCUACGUGCCUAAGGUUAGAGGGAGGCUCCGUCCUUGCCUCCAGGGUUCUGGGUCCUCCUUGUUUCCGUCUUUACUGCAAGCUUCCAAGAGAGCGAAGGAAGCCCAAGGCUCUCGAACCCUAGGAUCAGCCGCCCUCCAGGUUGGCUCUUGCCGUCCUUCUCAGGGAAAACCACCAGCCGGGCUGUUGGUCCUCUUCGGGGCAUCAAGACCAGGAUUGUCGAGGCUCCUGCAGGGGGCCCCCUUUUGUGGCAAUCCUGGUUUGGGGGGUCAGGAAGAAGGGGGAGAUGUUGACUUCCAUUUCUGAUGAAGUACGUUUGCCAAAUAAAGGUUGUUGAAAGCA